GGUACUGUUAAUAGUGACAUUACCACCACUCGGGAUGCAUUAGACGCUGUGCACUUAGACGCUGUACACUCACACUUGCGCCAGCACAUCGAGUGCAAUCCUUAUCAAUCUUCAAAAAUGGCCACACCAAGCAGUGGUACAAGCAUGUCAGAGUGCUGGUCACUAGGCGAUGGAAAUAGCCAAACAUUCCGGUUGUUCCAACUUCAAACGCCACCACCGACGGACGACGGUCAUGGAAUCAUUCUAUUGUCAUGGCUUCUUGUGCUUCUGCGCACAGCUGAAGACUCUCGUGUUUCCUUCUCGUGGUCGCGCGCUGGAGACACUAAGGACCACAUCUUAGAAGAAGAGCAGAUAAUACGAGACAGAAGCGGCCCAAUUUGCUCCUCGCUAUCCUCGAUCCAAGAAUACAUUCGAGUGACGGAAUUAUUACCGGGAGCAUCAAUUCUAUUAAGCAAUACGCCAUUAUCUCAGACAAUGUCGACUAUUAUAAAUGAACCGGCAGUUAUCCAUGUGGAAGUGCGGCUUGAGGAUACGCGCUUGGAAAUUCGAUCUCUACGUAACAGCAACGAUGUAUUGCCGUAUACGAUCCGCCGGUUCACCGAAACACUCGCCGAUACGAUUGAAAAGUGCAUUGGAAAUCCUGAUAGCACUAUUGAAGAGCUCUUACAACCAACAAAACACGAUCUGGAUGCAAUUUGGUCAUGGAAUCAUCAACUUCCCCCAUCGUACAACUUCUGCAUGCAUGAGAUGAUUGAGGAGCGCGCUGCUCAAUAUCCCCAAAAAGAGGCAAUUCAUUCAUGGGAUGGAAAUCUGACGUAUGAAGAAAUUGAUCGACUCUCUACAGCGCUAGCUAUCACUACACGGGAGGCACAUGGCGGGAUGGUACCACAAUUUAUCCCAGUAUGCUUUGAGAAAUCAAAAUGGACAAUCGUGGCUGUUUUGGCCGUCAUGAAAUUGGGGGCAUGCAUGGUCCUCAUGGACCCAACCCUCCCUCUCGCUCGACUACAAAAUAUGAAGGCGCAGGUUGGCACGGAUUUGAUAAUCUCGUCGCGAAAGCAGGUCGAACUAGCUACAGCCAUUGUUCCUGAUGGCCGAGUUAUUGUUGUAGACCAAGAUAGCAUGGACAAGAUAUCCGUGUCAUGUGAACAAGGCGCAAACCAAUUACCUCGUGUAUCUCCCUCGGCGCUAAUGUACAUCAUUUUUACGUCGGGCAGUACGGGCACUCCUAAAGGUGUGCAGAUAUCUCACAGGGCAUACACUAGCAGUGCUAUUCCAAGAGCCGCUGCUGUAGGAUACAUGGAAAACACCCGGGUUCUCGACUUUGCAUCUUAUGCCUUUGACGUAAGCAUUGACAGUAUGCUGCUGACAUUGGGCAACGGUGGUACGCUAUGUAUCCCUUCUGAUGACGACCGAGUUAACGACAUCAAUGGCGUCAUAAGACGCAUGCGAGUUACGUAUGCCGGCAUUACUCCAUCCAUGGCAAGGCUGCUAGAUUCCGAUGUGAUUCAGCAGCUUGAUGCUCUUGGCUUGGGAGGUGAAGCAGCUUCUGCGCGUGAUGUGAAUCUUUGGGGCCAAGUAACCAGAAUCAUCAUCGGCUAUGGUCCAUGCGAAUGCACCAUCGGAUGCACAAUCAACUCCGACACGGCAACAGGCCGGGACUACAUUUCGAUCGGAGAGGGAAAUGGUGCAGCUAUGUGGAUCGUUGAUCCUAACAACCAUGAGGUUCUUAUGCCUGUCGGUGCCGUAGGUGAACUCCUUGUAGAAGGCCCUAUUGUAGGCGAAGGCUAUCUGAAUGACCCUGAAAAGACUGCAGCGGCCUUUAUUCAUAAUCCACAAUGGCUUACGGCCGGCCACAGCGGAUACCAUGGACGACAGGGCAGACUCUACAAGACGGGAGAUCUUGGCCGGUUUGACCCAGACGGAUCUGGCGGAAUUGUUUUUGUCGGACGCAAAGACACGCAAGUAAAGCUCCGCGGCCAGCGCAUUGAGCUGGGAGAGAUCGAAAGCCAGCUCCGAUCCACCCUACCAUCUGGUCUUACUGUGGUUACCGAGGUCAUUAAGCGAAAUGGACAGCCAACAUUGGUGACUUUUGUUGCCACGGGCGCUUCCGUGGACAAGGACGCCAUCACAGAGAUAACGCCGCCGAAAGAUAUGGAAGAGGCUAUAGAGUUUUCUAACAACGAACUCAUCAAAGUCCUCCCACGAUACAUGGUGCCCACUGGGUACAUUUAUGUCAACUAUGUGCCGACCCUUAUCUCUGGCAAAGUUGAUCGCAAGCGGCUUCGCGAAUUUGGCUUGUCUCUCACUUUACAGCAACGGACGUCGACUUCAGAAGCGAGGGAAUUCAGUGACAACGAAACGACUAUGCAGCUGGCUUGGGCGCAGGUUCUUGGUAUUGAAUCUACCACAUUGACAUUGCAGUCAGACUUCUUCACUAGCGGUGGCGACUCCAUCGCUGCCAUGAAGCUGGUGUCAGACUGUCGGGAUCGUGGCCUGCUCAUUACAGUUGCCGAUAUUUUCAGCAAUCCAACUCUUGAAUCGAUGGCUUCCAAAGCUAUAUCUAACAACAACGACUCCAAAAUAGCAGAGCCAUCACCGUUUUCAUUGCUAAACAUCUCUGCCGAAGAUGCCGUCCAACAAGCAGCGAAAAUUUGUGGUGUACAAAUCGAUGCUGUCCAAGAUAUAUAUCCAUGCACUCCUACACAGGAGUCCCUCUUUACGUUUUCAAUGAAGUCGACGGAAUCCUACGUUGCGCAGCGCGUAGCCAAGGUUCCAGCUCACAUCUCAGUUGACAAAAUGAAAGCAGCGUGGCAAGCAAUGAUGGCUGCAAGUCCAAUUCUUCGUACUAGAGUUGUUCAAAUAGGCGACAGUCUCCUUCAAGUCAUUAUUGAUGAGGGUAUCGUGUGGAAAGCAGCCUCUGCUUUAAGCGAUUAUUUGGCGACUGACAAGCAGCUUCGAAUGGAGGUUGGCGACUCUCUUGCCCGUUUUGCCCUUGUCACGGAACCAGAGGCGACCUACCUCGUGUGGACGAUACAUCAUGUCGUCUAUGACGGUUGGUCUGAGCCUCUCUUGCUUGAGCGAGUCCGACAGGCACUCCAGGCAAAUGAAAGGAUGCAAGCUGUGAACAUCAACAACUUUGUCAAUUACAUUCAAAAUAUUGACGAAAAUAGGCUGCAUGAAUUUUGGAAAGACGAACUCGAAGGCGCAGUUGGUCCACAGUUUCCGGAAUUGCCGUCACGAGAUUAUUUCCCAACGCCAAACGGAAAGGCUGACCACCUCAUAGAGCUUCCGGAAAAUAAGACUAAAUUCACGCUGUCUACCCUUAUCCGCGCGGCGUGGGCUCUAGUCGCGUCGAAGCAUACAGGCAAUGACGAUGUCGUGUUUGGCGAGACACUAAUGGGUCGAGAUAUUGCCCUUGUUGGGGUAGAAACCAUCUGUGGGCCAAUGGUGGCUACUGUUCCCGUACGCAUAAGAAUUGAUAAGGAACAAAGUGUGACAGAGCUUUUGCAGUUGAUCCAACAGACCAUACUGAGUCUCGCUCCAUAUCAGCAUGCAGGUAUGCAGAAUAUCAGGAAAGUCAGUGAAGAUGCUCAGUUUGCCUGCGAGACUGGUACUGGCAUUGUAAUUCAACCCGAUGUCGCCGAUGGAUUCGAAGAUCUUGGCUUUGAAACAGGAGAUCCUGUAGAAGAGGCUCUGCACUUUAAUCCGUAUCCAUUGAUGAUAGCAUUUGGGCUUGGCAAAGGGCAGCUCCGAAUUUCUACCAGCUUCGACUCUUCGCUUGUCGAUGGAUCCGAAAUGAAGCGGAUUAUGGCGCAGAUUGAGUGCGUCCUAGUGCAAUUUAUUCAAGAUCCAAGCAACAGUGUUGGAAAUAUCAGCCUGGUUGGUGCAGAAGAGCUUGACUGUAUUUGGAAAUGGAACUCGACACCACCACCGGCUGGCUCAUCUGUGUCUCACGCAAUCAGCGCAGAAACAUCAAUCACAGAGGAUGAACCUUCUCUGCCGGUGGUGGUGUCUUGGGUUUGCGAUAUGACGAAUCCACAGGUCCUUAGCCCACUGGACUGCAUAGGAGAGCUCGUUCUCGAAGGCAGCUUUCCCCCAGGAGAGGCGAUAGAGGAGCCAACUUGGCUUACAGCCGGUAGCCAACAAUAUUCUGGCAGGAAUGGCAGCAUCAAGAGGACUGGUGAUAUCGUCAAGCUGCGCCCCGACGGUACCUUAUCGUAUAUUGGACGCGCAGAAGAGAUGCUUACUUCGGACGACCAAGCCAAAAGCCUUCAACAACUGCAAGUUCAUAUGAAUCGCAAACUACCUUCAUGGUUACUGGCAAGAGCUAUUCUAUCAAACGCUAAGAUGUUGGUAUUCAUAGAGCAGACAAAAGCCGAUGACGUCGCUCCAGCAGAAUUACUGUGGAUGAAACAUGAUAUUGUCGUCCAAGAUGAGAUGAACAAUACGAACGUUAGCACGGAGGUUCUGCCGUCUGUUUCCCACGAAACGUUGCAGGAAUUGAAGUUCUUAAGCAUGUCUAUCAAGUCCAGCCUCCCAUCCCGUUUGCUGCCGUACACAUUUAUUUGCAUCACCUCGCUUCCCCGGGAUGGCACCAAUGCUGUUGACCAAGCUGCUCUCCAAGCUAUUGCUUCAAACAUCCCAGAACACGUCAUUGAUCAGCUAGAGAAAGCUAUUUCAGAGUAUUGGGAGAAAGGACUAGGCACAGCCCUUACGGCACAAGAACUCGUACUCCGAGAUGCCUGGUCAGCGACCCUCUUAGUCGAUGCAACAAAGAUUGAUGUGCAAGACAACUUUUUCAGAAUGGGAGGUGACUCGGUAUUAGCAAUGAAGCUAGUUUCGCAUCUCCGCUCUCUGGGUUACAGAUUGACUGUAGCGGACAUCUUUCGCAACAUGCGCUUAGUCGACUGUGCUAAGCGGCUCGGAGUUGAUAGCUCCAUUGAAGCAACUGAUAUUGAAUACGCACCAUUUUCUCUAGUCGAAUCUGCGACGUCUCAGACGAUUCGCUUAGGACUGAACGAAUUUGCCGCGGGAUCUUCAGUGGUAGAUGUGCUUCCUGCCACAGCUGUGCAGGCUCUUGAUGUGCAGGCAACAGUCGUGGCGCCAAAGACCGCCAUUCAAUAUACUACGAUGUAUUUCAGCGCAAGUAUUCACAAGGAUAGGUUACUCAAGGCUUGUCGCGACUUGAUCCGAGCGCACCAGAUUCUACGGACGGCAUUUGCUAAGCACGAGUCCAAGUUGCUUCAAGUAGUUCUCAACAUUGCGGAAGAUGCGCUCAUAUCAAACGCGGUAGCAGAUGGAGGCCUAAAUGAGUUUGUGGGCAAACUUUGCAGGGAGGAUAUUGAGAAUGUGAUGAAUUUGGGGUCAGUCUUUACAAGGUUCUUCCAUGUUGCAGGUGAGAACGGAGAACACUGUUUAGUUUUGCGUCUCUCUCAUGCCCAGUUCGACGGAGUAUCAUUGCCAAUGCUGCUUCAAGAUUUGGAGAUGCUCUACAAUGGUCAGAGUAUUCCACCCGAGGCCCCUUUCUCGAGGUACCUGAUGGCUUCAAACGACUCACGAUUGCGCAAUGCAGCGCUCGAAUACUGGAGGGACCUCUUGUCAGAAUCUGCCAUGUCCAGGCUUGAUUUCACCGCAAAGUCAACUGAUAGAGGUUUAUUCCGGUCGAAAGCAUCAAAUGUCAAAGCAUCCGCAUUACCCGACGGUAUAACAGUUGCUAGCUUUGUUACCGCGGCGUGGGCGGUAUUACUUCGCAACAAGCUCCAGACGGCCGAUGUGGUAUUUGGAAGUGUGACCUCGGGAAGAAGAUUAGAUAUCAAUGAUGUUGAUAAAAUUGCUGGUCCCUGUUACCAAAUGACGCCGAUGCGGGUUCACUUUCGAAAUGAUUGGACUAUACAGGAUCUAGGGCAAGCUGUUCAACAACAGGCUGUGGAAUCAGCUGUCCAUGAUUUCGUGGGAUAUAGGGAUAUCGCGACAGAUGCUACAAAUUGGAACACAUCCAAUGAAAGUGACAUCUUCGGGUCGUUGGUGCAUCACCAAGAUUGGGAUGAUUUUGACACGAUGUCGUUCGCGGGAAGCGAAUGCCGAGUAGACAUUGCCCAGCCUCACGGAGACUCCCCACGACCUUUAAAGGUUGUCAGUCACGUGAAAAAUGAUCAACUCUGGCUCGGUAUUGUUGCAAGCGAACAGAAUGGGGUGCAAAUUGAUGAGCUUCUUCAAGAGUUUUUGGAAGUGGCUAAUGAGUUAGCAUCUGCUAGCCCAAUGGCGCCAUUGUCACCAUAGUCGGACUAAUGGUAAAGUAACACAGACGAGAUGAAAUUAGAAAUUUAAAAAGAAAAAAAAUAUUUAUUCUAUCUAUUCUAUUGUGAGGGAUGACGCAGGAUGUAGGUGCCGGGCAGCUCCGACCCCUGAAC